UCGGACCGCAUGCGCGGCUCUAGGGAGCCCGGCUGGGGUUGGGGGCGCUGUACCCCUAGCCCCAUGCUCUUCGUGAGCCUCCUUCUGUCUGCAGCUCCGCUUGGCCUGCUGGGAGAGGAGACCCGCCAGGUGUCUCUGGAGGUCAUCCCUGGCGGGCCUGGAUCCCCCAAGAACUUGCUCCAUAUCCGGGCUGUGGGCACCAACUCCACCCUGCACUAUGUGUGGAGCAGCUUGGGGCCCCCAGCAGUGCUGCUGGUGGCCACCAACACCCCCCACAGCUCCCUGAGCGUCAACUGGAGCGUCCUGCUCUCCCCUGAGCCCGAGGAGGGGGGUCUGAUGGUUGUUCCCAAGGACAGCAUCCAAUUUUCUUCUGCCCUUGUCUUUACCAGGCUGCUUGAGUUUGACAGCACCCACGUGUCCAAGGGACCAGCAGAGCUCCCAGGAAAGCCAUAUCCCCCUUACUCUUUGGCCGAGUUCUCCUGGGACAGAAUCAAUGGCUCAUUGGACCCUGCCACCCUGAGCGCCACAUUCCGAGGCCGCCCCAGAGACGACCCUGCCAAAGCCUUUGCCAAUGGCAGCCUGGCCUUCCGGGUCCAGGCUUUCUCUGGACCUGGCCGACCCAGCCAGCCCCCUCGCCUCCUGCAUACAGCAAACACCAGCCAGCUGGAGGUGGCCUUGGUUGGGGUUUCUCCACGGGGAAACCGCUCCCUGUUUGGGCUGGAGGUGGCCACCCUGAGCCAGGGCCCGAGCUGUCCCUUCCUGCAGGAGCAGCACUCCAUCGACGACGAAUAUGCCCCUGCUGUCUUCCAGUUGGAGCAGCUGCUGUGGGGCUCCGGCCCGUCAGGCUUCAUGCAGUGGCGACCCGUGGCUUUCUCUCAGAAGCAGGGGAGUCGAGAAUCAGCCCUGCCCUGCCAACUAUCGCCACUUCACCUCACCUUGACAUACCCCCUUCCCCAGUCACCCAUUGUCCGGGCCUUCUUUGGACCCCAGACCUUCUGUGCCUUCAAUCUGACGUUCGGGGCUCCCACAGGCCCUGGCUACUGGGACCAACUCUACCUCAGCUGGUCGAUGCUCCUAGGUGUGGGUUCCCCUCCAGUGGAUGCCUUGUCCCCACUGGUCCUGGGCAUCAUGGCGGUGGCCUUGGGUACUCCAGGGCUCAUGCUGCUAGGGGGCGGCCUGAUUCUGCUGCUGCGCCACACGCGAUACUCAGAGUACCAGCCCCUUAAUUGAGGCACCCUCUCUAAAGGGAAGAACUUCACUGGACCUGCCUCAGCGCGCCUCACACCCGUGGAGCUUGGAGGGUGGAUGUUCCAACCUGGACCCUUGGCAGCCCCAUCUUGCUUUUCUGCAGAACCUCAAACCCAGCUUCAACCCUCCGGCGAGGCACUUCCCUGACCCCCUGGAGAAGAGGCCCAGGGGGUUUCCACUAGAGGAAGGGUCCCCUUGGUGUUACUCCCCACCCUACCCGCCCCCCACUCCUUGGAUGGGACUUCUUACAGGCCUAAAUGAGAGGCCUCUGACUGGCUAUUGGCUGCUUGGAGGUGGUGAAAUAGACGGCGAAUGAGUGGAGCUCUA